UAAGAUGCAUAAACCUUUGGAAUUGCUUAUAAGACAAAUGUCAUGGAAUAGUCGGAAUAGAGCAUCCAAGAGACAAAAUCUAAAAUUCCAUCUUCAAUUAAUUUAUGCAGAAGUUAUGUAAAAUAGUGCUGGUAAAAAUUAGUAGAGUGGUGAAACCCUAGAUGUUAUCAAUCAUAGACAUAAAUCGGUGUUACAAUUUUUUAAACAGAAUUUAAUUUAAUUUAAGUAGUUAAUGGAGAAUUAUCUUCUCAUCGCGACUUUGAUCAGCGCGAGUCUUGUAUUUGGUUGCUAUGUACUUGUUCAGAUUGGAGAAACAUGCUCGAGCGACGUUAACGACUGUGGUACGGGGCUCCAGUGUCUGGAGUGCAACUCGCAAAAUCGGUGUACACGAGUUCGAACUGCUAGUCCUAUUUCAAAAGUGAUGGAGCUUCCAUUUAAUCAGUACUCAUGGCUUACAACUCAUAACUCUUUUGCUUCGAGGGUAGCGAAUUUGAGUAUAAACUCUCAAAUUUCGUCUGUCACGAAUCAGGAAGACUCCAUUACAGAUCAGCUGCAUAAUGGUGUGAGAGGAUUAAUGUUAGAUAUGCAUGAUUACCAUGGUGACAUUUGGUUGUGUCGCGGGCCGUGCACAAUAUUUACAGCCUUUCAACCUGCUAUUCAUGUUCUGAAAGAGAUCAAUGUAUUCCUGAAACAACACCGAACUGAGAUCGUCACCGUUUUCAUUAAGGAUCAUGUAACAUCGCCAAAUGGUAUUAACAAGUUGUUUCGUAAAGCCGGUUUGACGAAAUUCUGGUUUCCAUUGUAUAAAAUGCCAAAGAAUGGUAGUGACUGGUUAACAGUGAAGAAAAUGAUAACCAUGAAUCAUAGACUAAUAGUGUUCACUUCAAAUGCAACAAAAGAGGCUUCUGAACACAUUGCCUAUGAGUGGAACUAUGUUGUAGAAAAUAAAUAUGGAAAUGACGGAAUGAGUAGAGGUCAUUGUUUAAAUAGAGCAGAAUCAUUUCCAAUGAACACGACAACGAAGUCACUAGUCUUAAUGAACUAUUACAGAAAUGUUCUAAGUUCUAAUGAAGCUUGUAGGGAUAACUCAUCGCCAUUGAUUCGCAAGAUGCAUAUAUGCUAUAGAGCUGCUGGUAAUCGAUGGCCUAACUAUAUUGCUGUUGAUUUUUACAAGAGAGGUGAUGGUGGGGGAGCCCCGGAAGCAUUAGAUGUUGCAAAUCGAAACUUGUUUGGGCCGUAGAUCAGUCAUUUGUGCAAUGUAUGAAACUACUUUCAUGUCAAUUUUUUCUGCUACAUGGGAUGUAGAGCUUACAGGCUUAAGAGCAUAUGUGCUACAAGGAUAUUGAUAGUUUUUGUUUCUGUCCUCCGUUUCAUAUCUAAUUAAUAUGUAUACAUUUUUUUUGGACAAAAUGGAUACAUGUAUUGUUUUGUUUUGUUUUCGUAACCAUUCUAUUGGUGUGGGACUAUGAUGAUGACUAUAUGUAUUUCUAUGAGAAACAACUUUUUGUGUUAUAUAAGAUGUUAGCUUUUAGCCGUUUGUGGGGGGUAUCAAUCAAUACUCAAAUAGGCUAUGUUGUUUUAUUUAGAUGUGUGGUG